AUGGCGGGUGCUCGCGAUUACGAUCAUCUGUUCAAAUUAUUGAUUAUUGGUGAUUCGGGAGUUGGUAAAAGUAGUUUGUUGUUGCGAUUUGCUGACAAUACGUUUAGUGGUAAGUUUUUCGGGAAAAUUCUGAACGUUUUGAUAAUAAACAUUAAAUAUUUUGAAAAUGCAAUUUUUUACUGGGUCGGGCUGGAAUUUUAUUAAAAUUCAAAGUCAACUUCCAAAAUUCGAAAAAUUUCUGCAGAAAACUACAUCACAACAAUCGGUGUCGACUUCAAAAUUCGAACAAUGGACAUCGACGGACAACGUGUAAAAUUGCAAAUUUGGGACACAGCUGGACAGGAAAGAUUCCGAACAAUCACAUCGACUUAUUAUCGAGGAACACAUGGUGUUGUUGUUGUUUAUGAUGUGACAAAUGGAGAAUCAUUCGGAAAUGUUAAAAGAUGGCUACAGGAAAUUGAGAAAAAUUGCGAUUCGGUUCAUAAGGUUUUAGGUGAGUUUCUGAAACUGUUUUGGGAGGUUUGGGUAAUAAAUUUCAAGGCUUACAUUAGUUUUCUAACUUACGCGAAAUUGAUAAAAAUCAACGUUGUUUCCAAAAGUUGGAAUUUUUCCACAAAAAAACUUCUGAGAACAAACAUAAUUCUCAAAAAUUUAGCUGAAACAGUAGAUUCCAAAAAUCAUGUAAUUUUAGAAAAUUAAUUUCAGGAAAAAUUUGAAUUUUUAUCCACAGUACUCAAAAAAUUAUCAAAAUUUUAAAUACAUCAUAGAACAACUUUCCCUUGAAAAUAGUUUCAAAAAAAAAUCCAAACAUCAAUCUACAAUCUAUAUUUCUGAUCUACUUUUUCUCCCGAUAAUCCUAGGUUACUGUGGGGUCCCGAAACGAACAUUCUCAAUCCUUGUUUUUUUUUCAGUGGGUAAUAAAUGUGAAGACAAUGAACGAAGAGUUGUUCUUGAAUCUGAUGCUCGAAAUUAUGCCGAUUCAAUGAAUAUCAAAUUGUUCGAAACUAGCGCUAAAGAAGAUCGAAAUGUUGAACCGGUUAGUUGAAAUUCACAAGUUUUGAGAAAUUAUUCACCUAAAAAAAUUUGCAGAUGUUCUCCUGUAUCACUCGACUUGUUCUAACUGCCAAACUCGCAAAUCCAGCCGCUUCUUCACCCCAACAACAACGUACUGGCGGAGUGUCGUUGAAAGACAAUGGAACAAAUCAGCAGAAAAAGAAGUGCAAGUGUGGAUAA